UACACACGCCACCAGCACUUUUUGCACACGAACGUAUAUCCCAGCCGUGGAUAAAUUCGGAUGCUCAACGCUGGUACUGGCAGAAUCGGCUCCAGUAGAGCAACGGAGGAAUCUUAUUUACCUACAAAGCAUCCAAUUUUCUGGGACUACAAUGUCUGACUGCAAGACAAGCUGCUGCUCAACCACUGAGAAGUGUGACUGCACUGCACAGCAACAAGACUGCAAAUGCUGCGAUUCAUGCCACGAUAAGACUCAAGCAUGCAAAUGUGGAGGUGAUUGCAAGUGCUGCGACAGUUGUAGUAAGUCCGAGGCUGGAUCAGCUUCAAAAAAGGCUUGCAACUGCACCGAAACUUGCAAGUGCUGCGCAGCUUGCAAAGAUAAAUCGGCCACCUGCAAGUGUGGUGUUGACUGCAAGUGCUGCGGCGAUUGCAAGUCCAAGGCCGGUGAUUCGGGGAGGGCCAGCUGCUGCUGCGCCAAAUCCGGAGAUUGCAAGUGCUGCCCUGCUUGUGGAGAUAAAUCUACUGUCUGCAAGUGUGGGUCUGACUGCGAGUGCUGUAGCUGUUGCAGUCAAUCAAAGUCCACCGCUCCAAAGAAAUCUGACUGCUGCUCAAAAUCUGUGAAGUCUAAGUAAUGAGCAGCAUCCGGAUUUUUCUGAGUGCAGCUUUCAAAACAUCUGUUGUCGGCAGAAGCACAUUUUAAAUUAUUCUUAGCUAAGUCAUGGGAUGUAGGAUAUUGAUAAUAGAGCUUAAUUUAAUCCUUAUAAAAGGCUUACUCUUGUAGUUGCUAUAUAUCAGACAAUAAAAAAUAAUUUUUCAUGAA